GACCUCGAAGCUCUGUACGUUUUCUUGAACAAGCCCGUGAGUGCCGAAAUGGUCCACUACCUGGUGGCCACCACCGCCUCGAUCAUCUCGUACGACUACCCCUCCCCUCCACAGUCGCCCCAACACUCCGCCACACCCUCGAAACGCAGACCCUCCCUCUACUCCUUCAUCCACCGCCUCAUCCAGCACUCCCACGUCCAGAGCACCACCUUGAUGACGUGCUUGAUCUAUCUACACCGUCUCAAACAGGUCAUUCCUCCCAACUCCGUCGGAAUGUCCACCACCCACCACAGAAUCUUCCUGGGCGCCAUGCUUUUGGCCGCCAAAUACACCAACGAUUCGUCCCCAACAAACAAGCACUGGACUACCUACACCGACGGUCUGCUGUCAUUGCGUGAAGUAAACGCUCUCGAAAUCGAGAUGAUCCAAUACAUCGGCUGGGGGAACUUACGCUUCGAAAACAGCGACCUAAUCCACUCGCUGUCGUACUUUUUGGAGCCAAUAAAAAGAAAACUG